AUGAAUCAAAACUACUCCGCCAAUCUAUAUCGUCAGAGAUUGAAAAAGACAAUGCGACCAACUAAAAGAGAAACUCUGUUGGAAAGUGUAAGAAGUGUGACAAAAGAGUAUUGUAAAGAGUCGUCCAUUUCAGGGCUCAAACAUUUAGUUGAAGAAAGGACACCUCAUAUAGAGAAAGCUAUCUGGACCAUCACAUUGAUAGCUGCUUUAAUAUGCUCUGUGUCCCUGGUGUGGAUGACUUUUCAAAGAUACUAUCAGGCACCUUUAGUCACCACUCAGAUACCAGAAGGGAUCUCAAUCAAUAAAAUAAUAUUUCCAGCUGUUGGGAUUUGUACUAAUAAUAGAAUUAGCAAGCGAGCAGUAACUGAAUUGGCAAACGCAUUAUUAAAAGAGAAACGAAACGAAAAGUACAAUGAGAAAAAGAUGUUGUCUAUGCUAUUUGGUUUAGGACUGCUAUACAAUCUUCAAAUGGAUCCCAAUAUUGUAGAUGUGAUGGAACUCCAUCAAACUCUCGGAGAAUAUGAUGUCAAUGAGCUAAUGAAAAAUUUAACCCCAAAAUGCGAGGACUUGCUCUUGCGAUGUUCUUGGAAUGAGAAUCCGAUGGCAUGCUCGAAAUUAUUUGAUUUCCGCCUCACAAUGAACGGAUAUUGCUGCACUUUUAACUACCUUCGCAGUUCAGAUGUUAUGUUUGAAGAAAGUACUGACGCUCGCAGUACUGAUAUGUAUAUGUAUGGAAACAAAUCCAGUUUUGAUUUCGACCAAGGAUUAAAAGUCUUACUGUACUUAGAAGAGGAUGACGACUUCUUCUAUAACACACCUUUAAAUGGAGCUCAGCUACAGUUCUCCGAUGCUUAUGAUUUUCCUGAUGCACCAAGUGGCAGUUUUUCAAUGCAAAUAGUCAGUCCACAUGUUCAAUUGGAGGUAUUAGCAUCAGCAUCCUUUACGGAAGCGUCGCGGGAUAUAGAACAUGUAUCGUUGAAGCUUCGCAAAUGCUUAUUUUUCGAUGAGUCCUCGUAUCUACCGUUUUACACCCACAGCGAUUGUCUGCUCAAGUGCCGUAUGUCUUUCCUAAUGGAAAAAUGCAAUUGCACGCCCUUCAACAUGCCCAAAAUAAGAAACACAAAGACGUGUGAUUUGACAGAUGUGCCGUGCUUAACGAAGUACCAUGCCCAAUCUACAACCGUCAGACCAGAUUUAGAAGAAAUCCCACCGGAAUUGGAGCUCGACCUAGUAGGAGGAGGUAUUUACUGUCCAAUGUGUUACCCAACUUGUUCAAAGACCACUUAUAAUUACGACUACACCAACGUUCAUAUCUUUCCGGACCACGUCAACCCGACACCGGAUAAGGACAAGAUAGACUGGCUGCAUGGUGCAAACUUUACAGGAACUUCCAUUGUGCACGUGAAAUACGGGAGGGAGGUAGCUGAUUGUUACGGGCAGAAUGUUAUCAUGAAAUGGUUUGAUCUGAUAAGCAAUAUUGGCUCAACAUGCGGCUUCGUAACUGGUUUCAGCUUUGUAUCUGUAUUGGAAUUUUUUUAUUUCUAUACGGUGAAGCUCAUGAGAGACUAUGUUAUUCGACGGCGACGUGAACGGCGCAUUGCGAGCGGCGCUUCCACUCCCGCUCAAUUCGAUCAUGACUGUCGCUACAGACCGAUAUAUUGGAACGAAAUCACUGGUCCUAAAGGGUCCAGAGUGGAAAACCAAUUUUAA